ACCGGAGCCUCUGGGUAUAUCGGCGGCGAUCUGCUCGACCAAUUGACAAAAUCCCACCCAGAGCUCGCCCUAAGGGUGUUGGUUCGAGACCUUAACCAAGUCGAUACCAUUAGGCAUCUAUACCAUGAUGUAACCAUUGUUCGAGGUAGCCUCGAUGAUACCGAGCUCAUCACAAAAGAGGCAAAUAAUGCCGAUAUAGUACUCAAUCUUGCCGCGUAUAACCAUCUUGGCAGUGCACAGGCAAUUCACCAAGCUUUAGUAGAUAGGAAAAGUAAUGGGAAGCCUGCGUACUGGAUCCAAGUAUCAGGUGCCAGCGCGCUUGCUGCAGCCGAGUUGGAAGAUCCAUCCAGAAUCCCUGGCUCGGCUAGUGAAAUUGUCUGGGAUGACUACGAAGGGAUUGAUGCUCUACGUGCCCACAUUGAAAAGCAUCCACAGCGACGCGUUGUCGACAAUUAUGUGCUCUCCGUCGCACGAGACUCACCACAAGUUAAAACUGCCAUCGUCUAUCCGCCCUUAGUCUACGGCCGUGGAAAUGGGCCAAUCAACCAACGAAGUAUCCAACUUCCCGGACUAGCCAAGCUGACCCUGGAAAGAGGCCGGGGAGUGAAAGUUGGCUCGGGUUUGAACCGUUGGGGGGCUGCACACAUAGGAGAUAUCAGCCAGCUCAUCGUGCGGCUGGUCGAAAAGGCUGUUGCUCGCGUGGAUGAUGAACAGCUCUGGGGUAGCAACGGGCUCUACCUUGCUGGAGUGACAGAAUUAACGUUUCAAGAGCUCUCCCAGCGUGUUGUAGCAGCCGCAUCUGACCUCGGACUUGUUCGGAACUCGACAAUUGACGAAAUCACAGCAGAAGAAGCGGAUGAUUUGCUUCCUUGGGGAGGCACGCUGUUCGGAACCAAUGCCAGAGGUGCAGGGCGCAGAGCGCGGGAGCUGCUUGGUUGGAAGCCUGCCAGAGGGAAUAUAGAGGAAGAGGUUACCCGUACGGUGGGCCUAGAAGCUCGGCAGUUGGGCUUGACUCAAGGC